AAUUCGCACACGUGCGAAUAGUCUCACGUUCCAUAUCAGCGGUCCGCGGAAUUCGGUUCCCGCCAAGCCGUCGAAUUCGGUUCCCGCCAAGCCGCCGAAUUAAUCCCACUCUUAUCAACUCUUGCGCUUUUCGCGUGCUCCCUACUCCAGAGCGGUUUGCUUAAUCCAUUUGUCCGCGCCCUAUUUAAAUCAGCGCACAGAGGCCGGAGCGUCACUUUUUUGUCACCUUUCUCGUGAGUCACUAAUUCUCUAAUUUUUGCGUCAGUCUUUAACUGUCACUGUUGUCGUCACUUUGUCACUUUUUUCAUUUUCAUUUACUAAUUGUCACGAUAAUCAGUCUCAUACUUAUACUUUUCAAUUUUACGUGAACCUCUUAUUUAAUUAUUGUAAAUUCAGUGAUCGCCUCUGUCAACCUCAGCAGUACCGUCAGUAGGUCAGUAGACAACGUCUACCUCCGACGACCUUUUGGCUGAAUCAAACUCAAACUUAACUAUAUUAAAUUUACGAUGGUACUUGCGGAAUUAAUUGGGAUUUUUAUCAUUGCCUUGAGCAUUAUAUAUAUUUAUUAUAAGUAUGUAAUUUUCAAUUUUUGGUACAAGAAAGGUGUUUUUUAUGUUAAACCUAUCGUACCAACUGGAAAUGUUUCAUCAUUUAUUACUGGAAAAAUACAAAUAGGUGUAUUUUUGCGUGAUCUAUACAUGAAAUAUAAGGAUCAUCGGGUUUUUGGAAUUUAUGCAUUUUUUAAACCCAUCUUGGUGAUUGCCGACUUGGAUCUUAUUCGAACGGUAUUAACAAAAGAAUUUACAAGUUUCCAUGAUCGUGGGAUGUAUACCAACGAAAAUAUUGAUCCAUUGUCUGCCAAUUUAUUUUUUUUACCUGGAAAAAAAUGGCGAAAGUUACGUGCCAAAAUAACACCUACUUUUACUACGGGAAGAAUAAAGCAGAUGUUUCCGAUCUUGAAGAAAUGUAGCGGAAAACUUUUAAAGAAUCUAGAAAGUAAAGCACAGAUGGGAGAAUCCAUCGAGAUAAAAAAUAUAUUAGCAAGGUAUUCAAUAGAUGUAAUUAUGUCAACUGCUUUUGGUAUCGAAUCCAACUGCAUUCAGGAUCUAUCUAGCGAUUACUUUGUCCAGGGAAAAAAAAUUUUUAAGCUAAAUCCAAUUUGGAUUGCUUUGUUAAUGUUCAUGCCAAAAAUUAUGGACCUUUUUUCUAUCCCACUCAUUGACAAAUGUAUCUCCAAUUUUUAUAUAAAUGUGUUCAGAGAGAAUGUAAAAUAUAGGCAAACUCAUAAUAUUAUUAAAAAUGAUUUUAUGAAUCUACUCAUACAACUAAUGGAAAAAGGUUACAUUGACGAUGACGAUAAUGAAACUAUCAAUAUGUCAGGAACCACAAAGAAGAUCACCAUGUUGGAAGCUGCUGCGCAAAGUUUUGUUUUUAUCGCAGCUGGUUUUGAAAGCUCCUCGACGACCGCGACAUUCGCUUUAUAUGAAUUAGCUCAACAUCAAGAUAUACAAGAUAAAGUUCGCGAGGAAAUUGACGAAAUAUUGGAAAAGCAUAACGAUCUGUCUUACGACGCAAUGAACGAAAUGAUAUAUCUGCAUAAAAUAAUAAAUGAAACUAUGAGAAAAUAUCCACCUCUUCCAAUGAUGAAUCGUGUUUGUACCGAGGAAUUAGACUUACCGACGACAAAUAUUCGUGUGCCAAAGGGGACAUUAAUUACUGUACCGGUGCUUGGACUGCAUCGAGAUCCAUCUAUAUAUCCGGACCCAGAUAAAUUUGAUCCUGAACGAUUCAAUAAGGACGAGAUAGCAAAGAGACAUCCGUACGCAUAUUUACCAUUCGGGGAAGGCCCACGAAAAUGCAUUGGUGAACGAUUUGGGUAUGCACAAGUAAAAGUCGUACUGAUUUGUCUUCUGGCCAAAUACAGAUUCAAAUUUCAUUCCCGGACUAGGGUCCCACUUUGUUUUAACGAAAGAAGUGCCGGUCUUACAGUAAGAGGCCAUGUACACCUUAUUAUUGAGCAACGAUAA